AUGAGGAGUCUCUUAUCUCGGGGUAGAUUCCUGGUGAAGCUUAGUCUGGCAAAGACAUUGGAACAGACCGCGGACAAUGCCAACUGCACUCCGGCAAUUCUUUAUGCCAACCAGCAGACUUUUGAACGUGAUGCGUUAGGAACUGGAUGGUACCUCGUGUUUCCUGCCAUCUCCCCAUGCCCCGACCAGGGGUCACAGGUUCAGCUGGUGGUCGCUGUGACCUCUGACCCCUCCCACCCCGAGCACAGACGUGCCAUCAGGGAGACUUUCGCCGCAAAGUCUCACCUAGCCUCCUACAACGCCGUCCUUCUUUUCUUCCUGGGCUCGAACCCUGGCCGCUCAGAUCUGAUGCGGGCGGUUGAGCGAGAGGCCAGCGAGCAUGAGGACAUCGUGCAAGAAUCGUUUUACGACGUUCCGGAGAAUCUCGCCCUGAAGACUGUCGCGAUUCUCAAAUUUGUCGCUCUCCACUGUCCUAAGUCGGAGUUUGUCCUCAAAUCAACAGACGAUACGUUCAUCAACAUACACACUCUUCUACACGCGCUGCAGCACACUAGGUUACUACACACAACGUUCGUGCUGGGUCACGUGAUGCGCAGUCUGACUCCCAUCAGGGACAACAGCCUGAGCUGGUGGGUCAGAGAGCUGUUCUACCCACACUGGCGAGUGCCGGACUUCGUGGAAGGACACGCCUACUCUUUGACGUCAUCGGCCGCCGCUCACAUCUACAAGACAUCUCUGAGACAACCAAUUUUGGUGCACGAAGAUGUCUACGUCACGGGUUUCUGCGCGGCUAAGGCUCACGUGACCGUCAUGCACCACGCGGGGUUUACAAACGACGAAAUCUGCAGUGACUCAGCAUGUGGAUUAAGUCAUCGAUUUUCGUGUAGGAGCGACAGCCCAAGUCACAUGACAGAGACGUACGAGGAGAUGGAGAGGGAGGCAGGAGCUCUGUGUUUCCCGCCUCCUUCUGGGCUCUUCCUGGUGGUCUGUGGGCUGGUUCUGCUGACCCUGGCUUUUGUCGUCUGCAAAGAGGCGCAGACAAGAUGUAGAGGGCGCUCCACUGUCUGCGGAGAAAGUGAUUUACUGAGUGCUCAGUUUGAUAAAAGACUCGUGUGAUUUACAGUGUCGCUACCUCAAAAUUACAAAGAUCUGUCUGAUAUUUUUUGGCCGUUUUGAGUUAAAUAAUAACAUGCGGUCAGAAAACAAUUAAUGUUCUAUCUGGUCUAUCAAACUCGCAUGAUUAUUCGCGGUCGUUAUCAAUUAUUCAAAGACUUGCAUUCGAAAAAGCUUGUCAUGUUGUGAACCUUAAAAAAACUUGACGUCGAAUGUCUCGAAACUAGUGCUGGGCGGCUACGUUCCCGAUUACUGAAAGAUAGGAAUCGUAGGAAUCGUCUCCGAACCCAAUUACUUAC